GUAUAAGAAGUUGUAUGUAUUGUUUGGCUUCCAAGAAAAUAUGAAAAAUCGAAACAAAAAAAAGUGUGUGAAUUGAUACAUAAUACCUGCUGAGUCUUACAGAAAAAAAAAUUUAGGAAAUAUUUUUUUUUUGUGGGCUUACCUUUCAUAAUAACCAUCUUUACUUUGACCAUAUUUAAAUAAGAAGUUUUUGAUUUUCGCAAUGGAGCAAAUUUUAGAAAAUUUGAGUGAAAAAUUAAAAAAUGCCAAUGAGCAUGAAAAACGUAAUAAAGAAUAUUCUUCAAUAUCAACAGAUGAAGAAAGAGUCAAGUUUACCAUGGGAUUAAUUCAUGAACACAAUGUGCAGCUCUUGAUGAAAUUUGAAGAAAAAAGUGCAAGCCAAUCUGUAUUAUAUCGUAAUGAGGGUAAUAAACUUUUUACUAGUCACAACUUGUCAUUAAAUAAAACAAUUGAAAUGUAUACAAAAAGUAUUGCGUUUGCACCGAUUAGUUCAAAAGAAUUGUCGAUAGCAUAUGCAAAUAGAUCGGCAGCUCUUUUUACAGCUAGGCUUUAUAAUGCCUGUCUCUUAGAUAUUGGUCGAGCAUUGACACUUAACUAUGAGCAACGACUACGAGUAAAGCUUUAUGCUCGACGAGUAAAAUGCUUGAUAAUGCUAAAAAAAAAAUCAGAUACGGAAGUAGAUAAAGCUAUUGAAGAAGCACGAAUGUGGUUAGACAAAAUGGAUAUGAAUAACCCAAAGAGAUCAGUUAUAGAGGAGACACUGACGAAUCCAGAAAAAAUAGUAACUAUCGAGACAGAAUUUGUUAAAUGGGAAGAAGAAAAAUAUUGUCCCAACAUUCAUGAUAAAAAUCAAGAAAUAAUAGGCGCUUCUUCCGCAGUUGAACUAAGAUAUUCUGACGAAUUCGGUAAACACAUUCUUGCAACGCGAGACAUUAAACCUGGAGAAGUUCUUGCCCUUGAAGAAUGCUAUACUUCUGUAUUGAUUCCUGAAAAGUUUUACACAAACUGCUCAUAUUGUUUGACGCAAACUUGGUCAUUGAUUCCUUGUGAUGCCUGUGUAACUGUACUUUAUUGCAAUGAUGAGUGUAAAAAUGCUGCAUGGGAAGAGUUUCAUGAUAUAGAAUGCAAAGUUAUUGGAUCACUUGUUGGAGUGGGAAUGAACAACUUAGGUUUGAUGAGUUUAAGACUUGCUGUAAAAGCUUUGAAAGAAGCAAAAAGUUUCAAUAAUUUAAAAUUGCUCAUUGAUUUGGCGGAUAAUGCUAAAGAUCCGAGAACUAACGGGUUUACGGAUGGUAAGCUUGAUGAUACUAAGUACAUUAGUGUUUACACACUUGCUAGGAAUACUGAAAAACGGUCUAUACCAGAUCUUUUUGGAAGGUCUUUAAACGCAGUGUACAUUGUUUAUAUGCUCGCAACAAGAAGCAAAAUGUUUGGAAAAGUAUUAAACAAUAAUCUUGAGAAUCUAGUGAACAAUCAGUUCGUGACAUUUAUCGGGGGGUUAAUCAUGAGACAUCAGCAGAUUAUCCCAAGUAACGUGCAUAGUAUCGCUGAAGAGAACAAGAUACCUACAGAUCCAAAUGAAAGAGCUGCUGCACUCAUGCCAUUUUACAGUUUGUUUAAUCACACUUGUGAUCCACCAGUAACAAGAGUUUCCUUCGGUCGAAAGAUGGCUCUUUAUGCUGUCUAUCCAAUAAAAAAAGGCGAGCAGAUUUUUGACAACUAUGGCAUGCACUAUGCUCUUCAUCCGAAGAAUUAUCGUUUGUCUAGACUUUAUCAACAAUUCAGAUUUGUUUGUAAUUGUCGCUCUUGCAUUGAAGAUUGGCCGACAUUUCCAAAUGUUCCUAGUUUUUGGGUGCAAAGAUUAGCGAAUGUUAAUAAUGAAAAGUUGAAUUAUGCCAUGGUCAAGUUUUCAAAAAGUACUACGAGCUGGCGGUCAGAGCUGAAGUUGAAGAUAAUUCCGAAAUAG